AUGAGUCUCGCCCUCUCCAUCGCCACCUCCAUCUUUGUCGUCACCGUCGACUUUGUCCACUACUUUCUCACUGCCGCCCGCCGGCUCGUUGCUCCGAAGUCUACUGGCUACUGCGUUUUCACCAUCCUGCUCACCGUCAUCCUCGCCGUCGCUGUUUCUGGACCAACACCAGUGCCAGUCCCCUCAGAGCCGCUUCCAGACAUGAUCUCCAUCAACGGCGCCUGCCAUUUUGCGCUCACCAGCUCCUCUGCAUCAGCACAGCCUCCAGGACGGCCGCCAGCAGGCCGCCAGGCGCUCCCGGAAGGCAGACCGAUGGAUGGUUUACAACCGUCCUCACAGGCCACCCUGCCCCAGUCCCAAGCGAGGGCGCCAGCCGAGGCUGUCACACAAGAGGCCGAGGCGACAGCCGAGGCCACUACCCAAGGUGGAGCCGAGGCGACAGCCCCCGACCUGGCUGCCAAGGCGCCAGCCGAGGCUGCCAACCAACCAGCUAAGGCCUCUGCCCAAACGGAGGCCGAGGCGCCAGUCACAGCCGCCCAAACCAAGGCGCCAGCCGCCGCCGCCACGCGCAAGCCCUGGUGGAACCUUUUUAGAACUUGCAACAUCAGCGCCGUCGCCGUCGCUACCGUCGAGCAAGGCAUCGCCUCCAUCAAGUGCGAUGACUCGGCUCGCACGGCCGGCGCUCAUCCGGCCGGCGCGCGAGACGCCUGCGCCGCCCUCGACUACGACCGGACGCGCCCUGCCGCAGCCUCCGCCGUAGCCGAGCGAUCGGCCAGCGCCUCUGCCGCCAGCGCCAUCGCCGUCGGCCGUACCGUCGAGCGAGGCAUCGCCUCCGUCAAGACCUUCGUCUUCGAGCGUGAUGCCGCGCCUCGCACGGCCGGCGCCCUUCGGGCCAGCGCGCGAGACGCCUCCGCCGGCCUCGACUGCGAGCGGACGAGCUCUGCCGCCUCCGCCGUAGCCGAGCGAUCGGCCAGCGCCUCUGCCGCCAGCGCCGUCGCCGUCGGCCGUACCGUCGAGCAAGGCGUCGCCACCGUCAACCAGUGCCUCACGCUUCAGCUUUCAUAG